AUGCCUACGCUUGUUCCAGCUGCAACCUAUUCAGGCCCAAGCGAAGCUAAACCCACGUAUUUUCUUCCGGGAGAUGGGAUUCACACUACAGACGGAAAAACAACGAGAAUAUCGGAUGUGGUGAUCAGCGCAGGAGGAGAAGACAGAGACAAACCCACUCCAGCACUGAAGACGCCUUUGGGCUCACUCAGGGCACAGCUUACGACAAUCCAAGAUCAGCUCAAUGUCUUUUUGACCGAGAAGAUGCUGAAUAAGAGGAAGCAUGAGGACGAUGACGUGGAGCGCCGUAUACUUGACGAGGGAAUAGAUGAGGAUAGUGAUUAA